CCCGCCCACCGCCGCUUUGCACCCGCAGGCCGCCAGCGCUCCUCGGCACCGCUGCAGGUCCUGCUUUUCCUCAACGGGUGGUACAGCGCUACUUACUUCCUUCUGGAGGCCUUCAUCUUCGUGUACAAGGGCCCUGUGGGGGACACCCCAGGCGCUGUGGGGGACACCCUCCUACUGACCGCGUGUCCCACAGGGUCCAAGGGCAACCUGUGCCAGCGGAAGUUGCUGCUUUCCAUCAGCCUGGCCCUGACCAUCCCGGCAGCCGUGAUGGCGGCCUAUUACCUGCUGCUGCAGACCUACGCCCUGCGCCUGGAAGCCAUCCUCAAUGCCAUCCUCCUGCUCUUCUACGCCGUGGAGCUGCUGCUGGGAGUCCUCGUGCUGGUCUCCUUUGCCAGGUACCACUGCCCGUCCACGCCGUGCGGGGAGCCAGCAUGGAUUCGUACUGAGAUGCCGUGCCACGCCAAAGCAGCAGGCACAGAGCGGCAUGGGUACAUGAGGCAGCAGGGAGCCAGCAGCCCCGGUGCCAGGCCAAGCCCAUACCAGCAGGCAGCCCCUGCCUGCAGGCAGCCCCAGGCAGGGGAGGUCUCCACCCUGCCCGCUCGCCGCUUCACCCGCCGCACAC